AUGAAAGCAGUGAACCAGAAUUCCGGAACGGAACACGACCUGAACUUUGGAAAGACGGCAACUUCUCAUCAUUGGGCAAACAGUGCGACAGGGCGAAUUUACUCCCCGGGAGGUUAACCAAUAAAGCCAUAGAAUUUGACAGGUGUUUGUCGAAAUUCUUCACGCAACUGCACCAGUUCUCCGGGAUUGCCCGAGGCGUCGAUUCCGCCCCGGCGGCACCUAUAAAACCGGCGGAAGCGGCGCCGGAAAGACACCUUCGACCGAAGCAUCCUCCUCCGAUCAUGCAGUGCAUCGCGUUCGUUUUUUUAUAUAUAUUUAUAUAUAUUUUUUUGAUUUAUCAAUGUUUUUCUUGAGAAGCUAGGUGGUCUUCAUAAACGUUUGAACUAGGACUACACCAGUGGAAGCUUAAAAUGUUAAACAGAAACCUGAGUCUUAUGAAAUUAUACCCUAUGACCCACUAAAGGUUAUUGACUUUUCCAGCUUUUUUUUGGGAAUCCAGAAAUAUUUCAUUAAUCAAUGACUCUCUUGAACAUCAGAUAUGAACUUUCAAACUACACUUCAUUUAUUAAAAAUAUCAAAACUUGCAAGCCAAGCAAAAUAAAAACAGGAGAGUAGCUCAAAGCUGUUCCAAACUACGUAUAAGGAUUCUGAUCGAACUAAACUCGAUAAAAUCUCUUACCCCUAGCUUCAUUAUUACUGGACACAUUUCUAGCCAAUGAAAUAAAAACCAGAACAAGAUUAGCUCAUACAAACUCCACAAAAACAUGUACUGUAUACUGAGGGAUCAUUCCGAAAUCGAAAGGAAACAAAUUCUCAAGCUCAAAAGAAUAAUUCUAAACUUCAUUUUGCAGAGUCCUCCUCGCCUUGACCGCCGUCGCGACCGCUCAGUUCGUCGCCUGGCCAGCGACUUCUUACUCGCCCUUCUACCAAGCCUUGUACGGCGCCGCCGCGGCCCCAGCAGUCGCAGCUGCUCCAGCUUACGCCCCAGUCGCAGCUGCUCCAGCUUACGCCCCAGUCGCAGCUGCCCCGGCUUACGCCCCAGUCGCCGCCGCUCCAGCUUACGCCCCAGUCGCAGCUGCUCCCGGCCUUCGCUCCCAGUCGCCGCUGCUCCAGUCGCGGCCGCGAGCCCUCUGAUCGCCGCUGCUCCGGCCAUCGCCGCCGCCGCCGCCAACGGCGCUCGCGUCCUUGCCGCGCCUCCAGUCGCCGUCGCCGCCGCUCCUGCAGUCGUCCCCGCCUACGCCCCAUUCCAGACCGCCGCCUACUUCAUCGGAUCCAACAAGGCCAAGAGCGUCAAGGCUUAAGAGGAAUCUUGCCAUGCACUUUCGAAAAAUGCUUCGUUUUUUUUCUGUAUAUUUCUUGAAAAUCGUUUUUUGUUCUCAACAACGACUUUACCGUCUUUUCUUGUUUUUGUUCUCGUGAAAUGGGACGAAGUGAAAGGAGAAAGCUUGAAGAAGGUCGAGGAUCAAAAGAAAUUUAAAAUUUGAAAAAUGAGAGUUAUAUAAAUCAGGUUUUGAAUGUCAAGUACAAUGACGUCAUUCGAAAACGCUCUGUGGGUGGCUCGCUCUCUGAUUGGUUCAUUGCGCCAUUAUAAAAAAAAGACCUGAACACUUUUCGUUCAAAAUUUUUUUUAGAUAAAACUGAAAUGCUAUGAAAAUCUUUAAAUUAUUAUUAACAAGGAAAAACUAGAAGCGAGUCGGUCAAAAUGCGAAAAACUCAAUAAAAACGUCUUUUUUUCGAAGUUUAUAAAUCUUCCUCAUUGCUUUCAAUUGAAGACUAUUAAGAAUAAAACCAAAAAUGCAUGAAAACGUGUAUUUAAAAAAAUUAUGAAAAUAUUGAUUUUCACUAAUUUUUGCUGCCGCCAGCAAGGCUUUUUCAAAUGAAACAUGUCUUUUUUCCAUGUUCGGAGGGUGCAGAAGACCAAACAGGGCCUAAAAUUAGAAAGCAAGGUGAAAAGACCGAAAGAUCGAAAGGCACAGACAGCACAAACAAAGAUGGAACCGUUUUGAAAAAAACUGACGACUUUUAUUCUCAAGACGCAACAGUUAAAUGGGACAGUAGAAAAAAAUGAAAAAAGUUGAAAAAGGAAGGAAGAAGGGUGAAAGGCUUUCGUUUUGAGGAAGAGGUACGGAAAAAUAAAGAAUUUUUGAUCAUUUUUUUCUACCUUUGAAAAAAUUGAUAGAUCAAAAAUCAUUUAUAGUAGGUCUGCUUUUGUUUUUUUUUAUUGAAGCGAAAUAUUUGGUUUUAAAACAUUUACUUUUUUUUUCUACGUUUUCCCAGCCAUUUUCCUCAAAAAAGGUCCUCUAUAGACUGUACUCCGUUCGCCGUGACCUGAAAGUUUUCGAGUGUCUGCGUCUCUCUGUUCCCUCACGCGCGAGGUCAGAGAAAGAUAAAAAAAUAGCGCGUCAAUUUGAGAGAGUCGUCGAGAGACGAGAAAGGCGCAGAGAAAAGUAACAGUUUCAUUGCGAAAAAUGGAAUAUACGUUAUAACUUUCUAUUUCUUUUUUCAAUUCAAGAUCUUCGAAGCUUUUUUUUUAAUAUUAUUUUUGAAACGUAAGAAAAAAAGUUAUUGUGGAGCUGUAAUAAUAAAGUUUAGAAAUAUAGGAAAUUUUAUUUUUUUACGUUUUUUUAAAUUCGAAAAAAAAUUAUAGCAUAUGAAGGGCUCCAGGAGAUUUUUAAAGUUAAUUUAAUUCACUUCCAUACUCGUAAAGAAAUUUCAAACAUCCCGGAAUGACUGAUAAAUAUUCAAAAAAAAUUUUUUUUAGAAAAAGUUCAAUUUCUCUGCAGAGCUCUCGCUGUAGACGCAUUGUUAAAGACAUAAAAACAAUAAAAAAAUUAAAUUAUCUGCGAGGUCAUUUUAAAAUGAGAAGCUGUUAUCUUAGUGAACAUCCACUUGAAAUUUCACGUCACUUUAUAGGCUUUGAGAAACGUAGAUCGAAGAGCUGUUUAUAUAACUGUAUAUUUGAAUUUUCUCGGCUUUUUUUUUGAAAAAUAAGAGGUUUUUCGUAUUUUCAGUUAGAUAUUUGGAUCCUGGAGUUUUUGUAUAUUAUACUUCCUCUAGGGAGCUGAUAAAAACACAAAAAAAAAUCAGUAAAAAAAAAGAUUUUUUGUAAUUUUAAUGAGUUAUUCGGAAUUUGUCAAGGUCUAUUCUGAUUUUAUUUUUCAUGAAAUAUUUUGUUUCUUCACUCUUCUGUGAUCCCUCUCAUUUUUAGACUUCCACCCAGAGGACGGUCUCCGGGCUCCAGCACAAGAUCCGCUAUAUUCUGAGCUCGUCAUGGCUUAACUGGAUGAACUACGCGCAGAAGAACGAGGCAAAGGGCCGUAAGACUAUGAUUUCAACUUGAUCAACCACACUUUUGGGCUUCUAGUUCCUUGCAGCUUUCAGAAUUCUUGUUCACCGUCUAGUCGAUCCCAUCCAUGAAUAUUUGGUGAACCACUGAAAAGCCCUUUCAAAAUAUCAAAAAAGGACCUGUCGAAGAAACCUUGUUAAGAGCCGCUCAGGGACAAGUUGCAAAACAAGGACGAGUCACCGAGGGAGGACCAUUUUCGUGGACACAAGGCCUGCCGCCUCACACGCACCGACGGCAAAAAAGCGUGAAGCGGCACGCGGCCGGACCAGUCCUGCCGGGCCGGUCUGCAGAGCCGUAUUUAAGCGCCGGUGUCUGCGUAUCGGCAGCAGCCAACUCGACCUUCCCACCUUCGAUAUGCAAGCCGUCGUUUCGUAAGUUCUCUUGAUGAAUUCCGGAAAAUUCAGCAUUAGAACUUUUCUUUACAUUGUCAUAUGAAACCAACAAAGAAGAUGUUUUCCCUCGGAACUUUGGAUUUUGAAGAGGAUUGCCCUAAACACUGUCUUAUGUACUGCUUGGACAGUCUGAAAGUUCGACAAUUUCUAUAAUCAUUUUUUUUUGGACUAAAAGACCUCAAUAUACUUUGAAAUGAGAGAUGGCCACCGAGCCCUUACCAAGUUUUCUCAAAGAAUCUGAAGUUCCUUUUGAAGUUAUACCCUUCUGAGACCGAAAUAGAGACUUACUGAAGACAAAAGACCAGCCUGAAGCUUUUGAGGUUCAUAAAAUAUAUCACAGGAUUUUUUUUUACCGGAAUGACCUUGUCUGUAGACCACAUACACAGAUGUUGCUGGAGGCUCAAAUAUUCUCCGAACCUCUUCUUUUUUAUUUUAGUUCAACACCAAAACUCCAUAGCUCCUAGAUGCUUCACUUAAAAUCCCUGUCCUUUCCAGUAUCCUCGUCGCGGGACUCGCCCUGACUACGGCGCAAGUCGCAGUCAACGGACCAUUCAGCGGACGCUACUACGUGCCGGCCAAGCCGAUCAUCACCCAGGGAGUCGCGCCAGUCGCUGCUCCAGUCGCCGUCGCGGAGCCCGUGCUCGCCGAGCCAGUCCUUCCGGUCGCACCUCCACCAGCGCCCGUCUUCGCUGCUCCGGCUCCAGCUCCCGUCUUCGCCGCUCCAGCUUUCGCUCCUCGACCAGUGUUCGCUGCCCCGGCUGUCCCAGCUCCAGUCCCAGCUUUCGCUGCUCCAGCUCCGGCUCCGAUCUUCGACGCUCCGGCUCCAGUUGUCGCCCCAAUGGUCCCAGCUGUGCCAGCUUUCGCUCCACGACCUGUGUUCGCUGCUCCAGCUCCAGUCCUUGCUGCUCCAGCACCACUUCUGGCUCCUCCAGCUCCAGUUCUGGCCGCUCCAGCUCCACUUCUUGCUCCUCCAGCACCAGUCCUGGCCGCUCCAGCUCCCCUCCUCGCUCCUCCAGCUCCAAUCCUGGCUGCUCCAGCUGCCCCGCUCUUGGCCCCUCGUCCAGUCCUCGCUGCCCCAGCUCUUCCAUUGGCUGCUCCAGCUCUCCCGGUCGCCGCUCCAGUCGUCCCCGCCUACUCUCCCUUCGCUCGCGCCGCCUACUUCAUUGGAAGUAACAAGGCCAAGACCGCCUAG